GGGAGCGGGGCGGAGAUGAUGGUUGCUGCAGAGGAUAGGGACAGAGAUUAGGUUCGGGAAACACUUUCCUUCUGCGGAGGACGCAUCGAGCAGAAGCUUUUUGACUGAGAUACAGUCGGGGAGCAAGAAACUGUUUCUGACCGCUGCAGGUCAGUGUGAGCGUAGGCGCCGCUUGCAGACCCUGGGGUCUUUAGGUCGGUUGGUGCAGCAGAUUUCAAAGCUAAGAGAGGAAGACUGCUUCUGAUCCCUGCAGGAAGAAUAAGCAGGAAAAAAAUCUCAAAAUGGAAAAUAUCCCCCAGGAAAGCAAAGGAGACGAGCAGGCUCUGGUGCAGAAUGAAAACGAAGCUCACCCUUUGGGAGGUGGUGAAGACCAGGAGCCUGGAGGAAAUAUUAGAGCGGGCUGGGCCCCACCUGCCCAUGAUGUUAGAGAGGAUAUGCCCAAUAGGCUUGUCAAUAACCUUGACAUGAUAGAUGGAGAUGCAGAUGAUAUGGAACGGUUCAUGGAGGAGAUGAGAGAGCUAAGGAGGAAAAUUAGGGAGCUUCAGUUGAGGUACAGUUUACGUAUUCUUAUAGGUGAUCCCCCUCACCAUGACCAUCAUGAUGAGUUUUGCCUUAUGCCUUGAAUGCUGAGGUUAAUAAUAAUAAACCCCCUGCUUCCCAAAGUUGCAUUUUCUUGCUGUACCUUUUGCUGUGAACAUGUGGUGUUCUGUCAUUUUUCUGAUUGAAAAUUUCAUUUUGACUUUGGAAGUUUUUCUGUCAGCAGGGGAGUUUCAUCAACUUGCAUGGAAAGAUGUUUAUUACAUACUGUGAAGGUAAUAAAGCAGUUUAAAAAGCAGUCUAUAAAUAUACUAUCUCAUUUAAAAGCAUGCAUAUUAUAUAUAUGUAUCAGAAUGUUUUUUUCUUAUUUUCUUUAAUUUUUCUUGAUUGCCUGCUUUUUCUCAUUUUUCCAAAAUGAAUACGUAUGUAUUAUAUGUGUCAGAAAAGAAGUAAGAGGACAAAAACUUGCCAGUUGGCUUAUAAAGGGAAUGGAGAAAAAAUUACUUGAGACAUAAUUUAAAGACACAUAAAUAUUAUAUUACAUCUUAUAAUAAGAUCUCUUAUUUAGAAGCACAAACCUCGUCAUUAUUACAGAUACAUUUCUUUACAGUCAGCCUAUUAAUCUAUAAAUGAAGAUAACAGAUGCACCCUUCAGGUGCUCUUCAUAUUUA